GAUCUUUGCAGAUUUCACAGAAGUGUUGCCUGCGCUUAGCGGCAUGUCUCAAACAACUCCUGUGCUGGGAGGACCUUUGGUCUCUUGGAAGGUGUUUUGGCUGUUCGUGCUGCCCGUACUCGUUACGGCCGUGUUCCUCUUCAGCAUCAUCGGUCCGUGGUAUGUGUCGAGCGGCCUCGGUGGCAUCAUUCUCCUUUACCUCGUCAUCGAGGUGACGAUCAUCCUCUUCUUCAAGAACCACUUCCAGCUCUGGGCGCUCCAGCGGCCUGAGAACCUCCUCGCCCGCCUCCUCUUGCCACCGGUAGAGAUCGUCGACAGCAUCUCAGCCGGCAACACGAACAAUGCGAUGAUCACCUAUCGCAACUGGGGCACCAACUUCUGCGCGUCCGGACAGGUCUGGCUGGGCAGCCAUGCCGAUGUGACGAAGGCCGUGCAGAAUCCCCAGGGUCGAAGUUUCUGGCUGGGGGAGCACCCCUUGCUACCCAGCUCCUUGCCGCAAGGGGAGUCCGGCCGCUGUGUCUUCCUGCUGAGCCUCUCAAGCAAGGCUGCCGGGGGCACCGGGGAUCACGAGGCCUUCCGGAAGUGCAUGGUGGACACCUUGUUGGGCGAGGCCUCCGUGGCCAGGGAGUCCGAUGCGAUCUCCCAGCAACUUAUGGAGCAGUGCGCCGAGGACUUCAUGAAGCAGGAUGCCGGCUUCGAUUUCUACUACGGAGCUGAUGGUGGCAACCAGAGCUUCUGGACGAAGUAUCUGCACCAUGUGCUCUUUGGGUUGGACAUUCAAGACAAGGAAGUGAUGAGCAUUCUGAAUGCCUUCUACACGGGACAGCUUGGCCUGAUGCACUAUCUGGACCCCAUGGGACAUUUCUUCUCGCAGCACGAAAAGAUUGCGAAGGUUGCCGACCUCUACGAGACGUCACCGGCGUUCAGCAAUUUCGAGGUCAAGACGGAGUACAACAACAUGACUGCCAAAGAGCUGGCCCUGCUGAUGUCAAGCAUCAUCCGAAUCGCUGGCGUUCAGGGCUCUCGCAUGUUGACCUGGUUUUGCACCUCAGGGGUCAAGUACGGCAAUCUUCAGAUCGAUGCCCGGACCGUUUGGGACUCCCUGGACCUGGAGGACGAGGACGAAGUCUUGAGGUACAUCCUUGAAGUCGCCCGCCUCUCCCCUCCCGUCACGGUCUCCCACCACGUCGCCACGGAGCCCUUCUCCUGUGAGAUUGCCAAAAGGACCUACAGCUUCCCCAAAGGUACCAAGGUCGCCAUCCCCUUGGUCUUUGCCAACAUCGAUCCCAACGUCUGGGGUGAGGACGUCUGGGAGUUUAACCACAACCGGCCAGGACUAAAGGAGAACCACACCGGCUUCAACUCUGUAAAUGGCCUGGGGCCCCGAGAGUGUCCGGGCAAAGGCUUGGUUCUGAGGAGCAUGGUUCGCUUGCUGCAGGCCAUUUUCUCGACGCUCGUUGCAUCGCUGACCUCCCAUGCGGCCUUCCUUAACAAGUCGGGAGAGGAGCGGCGAAACGAGUUUCGCCUGCUACGGAAGUUCUUGGCGCGAAGCCAAGUCGAUGAAGAGUUGGCUUUGAGGAUCCAGCGAUUCCUGGAGCAUGCUCAUGCGCUGACGAAGGAAGUCGUCGAUGAAAUUCAGGUCCCUUUGCUGAGGCUCCUGUCCAAGCCGCUGUGGCGUGAGCUGCGGUACGCGAUGUACAAGCACACCCUUGGGGAGAUCGGCUUCGUCCGCUCACUGUCUCGGUGCAGCGUCAGCGAUGACCUGAACUCCGAUGCCACGCGGCAGCUCUCUCAAGCUCUGUCGCAGCGCUUGCUGGCGGCAGGGGACACGAUCUUCGAGUCUGGAAGCAUGGCGCUGGAUGCGUACUUCCUGGUGAAGCCCUCUGUGUACAUCCUAGGGCAGCUGCGUCAGCCGGUGUCCGAUCGAUGGGUGGCCGAGAUGGGCCUCUGGUGCCCUUGGCUGCACCUCGGUGAGCUGGUGACCACCGAAGCAAGCGUGAACGUGCGGCUGCAGGUUGAGAAAUUUUCCGAGUGCCUGCGGCGCUCCUGGGCUCUCUUGCAGCUGGCGCAACACUAUGCUGCGAAGUUUGUUCAGGUGAUGAACGAGACCGUGACGAUCACGGACAUUUGGCAAUGUCCUGCCAGUCUGGGUGGAGAUCCCAACUUGUGGCACACACCCACAGAGCUCAUCGUCGUGGGGAAAGCCAGAGUCUCACCCAUUCCGCAGUAG